AAAAUAAGACCGCGGCACAUCGGUAUUCAUGAGGGACGGUGUGGCUGCCUUUCAUUUUUUUCUCUUUUUGUCUGUCGCAAAAAGUGACUAAAUUAUUGGUAGACGUUAGUUUUGGCAUUGGUUAAGGGAUCUCUGCAACCAUGAUGGAAUCCUGUUUGAGCCUGAAACCGGAACGAGCGGAGACCGUGGUUGUGGAGGAUCUGAAGAAGGACCUGUUGGCCGACUUCUCCGCUAUACCCUCUAAUGUGACAGAGAAAGAACAUUUGCAGGUGUACCUUCGGGUCCGUCCGUUUACAUCUGCGGAGAUUGACGGUGGUGAAUCACAGGAGUGUGUCAAGAUUGAGCUCCCAGACACGGUUUUAUAUAAGGCUCCAAGACCGUCCCUGUCUACACGGUUAAGUGAUAAGUCUGUUUCUCAGACUGCCCAGAGAUUUCAGUUCUCACAGGUCUUUGGUCCAGAAACAACACAGAAGGAGAUAUUUGAUGGCACAGUUAAAGGUCUCGUCAAAGAUGUUCUUGAAGGUGGAAACACUCUGGUGUUCACAUAUGGAGUUACCAAUGCUGGGAAAACCUUCACAUUCUUAGGUUCCGAUUCGGAUGGUGGAAUUCUGCCAAGGUCUUUGAACUUGAUCUUCAGCAGCAUCGAAGAACGCAUCUACACGCAGAUGAACAUCAAGCCUCAUCGAUGUCGGGAAUUUACGAGGCUGACUAAAGAUCAGCAGGACGAGGAAGCUGCAAACAAAAGAAAUAUCAUGAGGUUUUUCAAAGAGAGUGAAUUCCAGAAAAGCAUGACUGGCCAGCCGAGUACCUGCAGAACAACCCUGCUUGAAGGAUCGACAACGAGCAACACUGGUGUAUUUGGGGAGGAGAAUAGCUUCAAUCUGGACGUGGACAGUCACACAAAGUUUUCUGUCUGGGUUUCUUUUUGUGAAAUCUAUAAUGAAAACAUCCAUGACUUGCUCGAGCCCGUUUCGGGCAAUUCGAUGAAGAGGAGUAUGUUACGGCUGUCUCAGGAUAUCAAGGGCAAUUCCUUUGUGAAAGAUCUCAAGUGGAUUCAAGUAAAUGAUGCGGACGAAGCCUACAGAGUCUUAAAACUUGGCAAGAAGAAUCAGAGCUUCUCCUGUACGAAACUCAACAACCUUUCGAGCAGAAGUCAUUGCAUAUUCUCCAUUCGGCUCAUGCGCAUAGAAGAUGUGGGGAUUCCCCGUGUCCAUGCAAUCAGCGAGUUGUCACUGUGUGAUUUAGCAGGUUCAGAGAGAUGCGCCAAGACCCAUAAUAAAGGUGAUCGCUUGAAAGAGGCCGGCAACAUCAACACUUCACUGCUGAUUCUCGGAAAAUGCAUUAAUGCAUUAAGGCGCAACCAACAAUCAAAGCUCCAGCAGCAUGUCCCCUUCAGAGAGAGCAAGCUAACCCAGUACCUACAGAGCUUCUUCUGUGGCAGGGGAAAAGCCUGCAUGAUUGUCAACGUCAACCAGUGUGCCUCCAUGUUCGAUGAGACCCUGAAUGUGCUGAAGUUUUCUGCUGUUGCUCAGAAGGUGGUCGUCCUCAACACCAAGCCUCUCCCCGUCGUUCCCAAGAAGUCUGUGAGGGAGGUAUCGUUCAUCAUCGAUAAUGCUGACCAAAGGAACCUGUGGUCCAAGCGGAAGAGUUCUUUGGUUGGCUGGGAGAGGAGUUUGGAGGAUGUCCAAGAAGAUGAUGAUGAUGAUGAUGAUGAUGAUGGUGAUGAGAAUGAUGCUGAUUUUGAUGAGGAAAGCUAUGCUGAGAGCAUGAUGGAAGACACUAUUCAAGAAGCAGAUGAGACAGAAAUUGAAAGGGAAACAUACAAUAAGCUGGUGUCUCUGACACAGGAACUGCAGGCAAAGCUUUGUACAGCAGAAUCUGAGAAGCUGAUGUUAGAGACACGUAUUCGUGAAGAGGUCACCAAAGAGUUCAUGGAGUUAUUUUCCAAUAUGGAAAAGGAUUACAACGAGCGUCUCUUGAAAGAAAAGGAGAUCAUAGAGGAAAGGGCUGAGAAACGGAUGGAAAUUUGGAAGACCUUGGUGAACAGAAUUGCUGGUGAAGAGCCAAAGGAGGAUAAGCUGGUUUCCAUGGACGAGAUGAUCGAGACUAUGCAGGAUGACCUGGCUAAAAUUAAGAGGGAUGCAGAGGCAGCCCAAAUGUGUCUCAGUUUGCCUGAUCCGAGCAGCACUAUCGCCAGUCUGGAAAAACAGCUUGCUGAGCUGUCGGAGGAACUUCUGAAAACGAAGGAGCUCCUCGCUUUGAAAUCGAAUGAAACGCAGCAGACUUGUGACCAGCUAGAAGAAAUGAAGAGGAAUCUCGAGGCCAAAACUGUGAAGUUUCAGGAGCUGAUGGAGAUCUGUCAAGAGAAGGAUGAUAUGAUCACCAAGUUGCAAACCGCUAUGGACCAGCACGUUGAAACAAUCACGAAUGGCAGGAUCUUUAUUGAUGAUAUCAAGGAGGAAAUGCUGCAGUUGCAGAAGAACUGCAGGUGUUUAAAUCGAGAAGGUGAGAGCUCCCAGAAAGAGGGCAGGAAGAGGUCGGGGAACUUCCCAACGGACCUCGACGGGGAACCGCCCCUCAAGAAAGCCCUUGAGGAGGAACGGUGUGAGCCCCCCACCCAUACUGACAAGCGUCAAACUGAGUGUGAUCAAAAAGACUUGGAGAUCAUGCAGUUGCGUGAGGGUGCGAAGUGCAAAGGGCUGCAGGAGAGAAUGGAGGCCGCAGAAGCAGAUUUUCUCAAUGCCGUAACGCUAAAGGACGAGCAGAUCGAUCAGCUUAAAGAGAGCCGGUCAUUGCUCGAGGGAAAAGUGGAGAAACUCAUGAAGGACCUGUGGGAGCAGACAUGCGCUUGCGAGACUGCUAAGUCAUCCCUGUGCUUGGAGCAGAAAGAGAAGGACAGACUUGUGGAAGAACACGAAGCUCUGGGCAAAGAGAGAGAUGGGUGGCAGGAGGAAUCUAAGAACAUGGCUAAGAAGAUCGAUGCACUACAGCAAGAGUUCGAUGAGGAAAAGAAGAGAGUGGAGUCAGUCACCGAGGAGUUAAAGGCUGCCAAAGUGCUCCUAGUGGAGCGCAAUAAUGAUUCUUGGGAGAAGGCGAAGACAAUAGAUACACUAACCAAGGAAACUGAUGCUCUUAAAAAGCAAUUGGAAAAACAAGGAGCUCUCUCAUCGAGUGGGGACUGUGACCAUUUCCAUGAAACGAUGGAUGCCUUGCGGCAGGAGUGCGAGAAGGUGGUGAAGGAAUCUGCUCAGAAAAGCCAACAGAUUGAAGAUCUGGAGCGGGACAUCAACUUUUUGAGGAAGCAGGCAUCAGGGCAGGAGCAAAUCGCUGGUCAACUGAAUGAGGAACUAGCUGACCUUAGAAGAGCGCAGGGUGAUCUGGCAGAGUUGGAAGCUGAAAGGAAAGCUGCUGCAGAAAUGAAGAGAAGCCACUCCGAGCUGGAGGUGCGGGUAGCAGCCUUUGAGGGUCAGGUUGCGGAGCUGGAGGAGCAAGUGAAGGUGGCCGGAGCGAACGCCUCAAAAGCGGCUGACCUGGAGAAGCAGCUUCUGGAGAAGGAGACCCAGAUGGUGGCUCUACGCGCGACUUUGAGUGAAUUCCAAGAAAAGCUUGCUGCCGUGGAGUCCGAGUGUCUACAGGAGGCAAGGCGCAAGGAGGCCGAGCGACGACGGGACCUGCUGAAAGCGGCGGAGGACGCCAUUGCUGAGAAGGAUGCUGAACUGGCCAGGAGGGCAGAGGAGCUCUCAAGGAUAAAGGAGGAGAUGAUCAGCAGUUCAGAUAAAGUCAAAAGCCUAACCCUUGAACUGCAAAGAAAAGAAGAUGAUGCCGCUGACCUGAAGGAAAAGCUGGCCGAUUCCAAGAAGCAGAUCCAGCAAGUACAGAAGGAGAUUGAAUAUCAGCGUGAAGAUCAAACAUCUCUCAAACGAAAGCUGAACGACUCGGAGAAAGCCAACAGUCAGCUUCUGACAAAUCUGAGCAGUAAAGACACACUAAUUCAGCAGUUGAAGAGCGAACAGGCCAGUAAUGCCAGAUCCAAGGAAGAUGUACAGAGGUACCAGAAAGCCUGUGAUGAUCUUCGAGCCAAGGAGCAGAUUAUUGAACACAUGCGGCUUGCGUUAAAAGAACAAGAGGACACUCAGGAGGAGCAAGACAGAGUUCUAGAAGUUCACCUGGAGGAAAUAGAUUCUUUAAAUGAACAGCUACAGAAGCUGAAGGAGAACGUCCCCCCGGAGAGCAAUGAAGGUGGAGAAUCCGGCAAUUCGGAAGAAAGCAGUUUAAGGCAAUUUCUAGCUGCAAAACAAGAAAUCGAUAAACUCAGUGAGACGCUGGAGCUCACUAAAGAGAAGUUGCAGGCCGACAGGAAGACAUGGCAUGAGGAGAAGAUGAUCCUGAUUAGUCAUGCAAAGGAGGCCGAGGAGAAGAGGAUCCAGGAGAUGAAGAAAUUUGCAGAGGACCGCGAGCGCUACGCCAAGAUGCAGACUGCAAUGGAGAUGCUCUCAAGGCAACUUUCUGACAAGGAUGCCAACCUUGCGAAGUGGAGGGAGGAGCGGGACACACUAGUCGCAGCCCUGGAAAUCCAACUGACUAAGCUCUCGGCCAUCAAUACAAAGAAAGAGGAACAGAUUGCUGAGCUCUUAAAAAAAUGCAGUAUUCUGCCACAAGAGAGCAAUGACAAAAUCGAAAGUCUCCAGCACAUCGUGUCGGUGAAAGAAUCAGAAAUCGCAGCAUUAAGGGAACAACUGACUGCGGUUUCAAAUAAUGGCCAAGAAACGUCUCCCGUAUCCAAGAGGCGCGGGGAGUUGAGAAAAUCGACUGGCAAAAAUGAACCACCGGGUACCAGUACUACUAGACAAAACAUUAGGAGCUCGCAGGCUUCUGAGGAACAGGAGGUAUCCGUGCUGGACUCCUCUGAGAUCUCCACGGAGAGUGGGAGAAAGAGCCGCUUCCCCAAGCCCGAGCUGGAGAUCCAGUUCACGCCAAUGCAGCCCAAUAAGUUGAACCUCCGGAAGCAGGGCGGUGACUCGGUGACAGUCAAGAUCACCAGGACGACCAGAAAGAGGAAGAGCGCUGAAAUAGACAAGGAUCUGGUGGACAGUGAGAACAAGAAGAAUAACAUGAGAAUCACCAGGACGAACAAGGACUAUGAGAAGAAAUCACCAGCUGCAUUCAGCAGAAACACGCACACGAAACGAGAUGAGUCCCAGUCAAGUCUAAGGAACAAGAAAGAUGGAGCUCUGCAGAAGAUCGGAGACUUCCUGCAGAGUUCCCCAAAUCUGCUUGGAAGCAAAGCUAAAAAGAUCAUGGAGCUUGUGCAGUCGAAAUCACCUGAACCGCAGGGUGACUCAACACUUGGCCUGAAGCCAAAGAAGUCAAAACGAAGACUUUAUAAAACUGAAAUCUCAUCUCCUCUUGACAUCCCAUCUAACUCUAUCAUUCUUCCUGCUGAAGAGAAAGAGAGUGAUCAUAUUAUUAUCAAAAGACGACUCAGGACAAGAACAGGCAAGAAAUAUUGACCCGGCUAUCGAUUUUACUCGAUACUUGUUUAAAAUUAUUUCUUAUGUAUUAACAAGUAGAAAGGAUUGUUUCUGCACUUUUGCUUAAUUCUGUAUUUCUACAUUCUUUGUUUCUGUUUGGUGUAAAACUUUAAGGGAAUUGAAUUCAUGUGCUGAAUCGUAGUAUCGAGAGCCUUUAAAUUCUGGGUUGCUGUGAACUUUGCACUCUGACUGAAACCUAGCGACCAUUUCUUGAAGAGCUUUCUACGGUUAUACAACGACAAGCAAAGUUUGUUUAAAAAAAAGUUAUUUCUUUGUCAUGUGACAUUUUUGAGUUUGUCUUGUCUGUGCCCUGGAACAAAUUUUCUUAGAUAUAGCAUAAAUCAUUUGAUGUUAAUUUACCAUUUUUAUAUUUUUAUUUAAUUUUUAAGAAAAUGUAUGUACAUUUUUCAAAUGUUUUCACAAAUUAAGCUAUUACAUCCAUCCAUGCUGCAGUCGUUGAUUUGUAGCAUUGUAUUAUUUUAUACAUUGUAUGUGGGCUGCUGUAAAUAUUGAGGCUCGGCAGAAUGAAAAGAUAUGUAAACAAGUAGUGCGUUUUCCCCUCUUUCAUCUCCAGUUUGAACACAGUUUGUGUUUCAACUCCGGAUCAGGAAGCUUUAUGCUGUGGUGUCAGGUGAACAUGUAUGUCUGUGUAUUUGGUUGAUGUGGUCUCUCAAGAUGGGAGCCGGUGUCAUAGAAUAUGUCUCGCAACAAGGAGCCCAGAGUCGUUAUUUUCUCAGGGUUUCCAAGACCUCCGCUGGUGUUUUUCAAUAAAGCGGCGAGUGUUAUCUCUGACGCCAUGAGUCAAUCAAUAUCCAUUCGGCUUCACCCACGCUCCAGUAAUAAAAAAAUCUGCUGUGAUGCGCCCGAGUAUCUUUUAAUAUAAAUAAAUCUCUGCAGCAUUAAUUAAACGUUCGCAGAUGACGCGUGACUAUACCGCCAUCUCACGGGUCAUAUAUAUGCAUAUGGGAAAUGGAGCCAAAAGUAAUGAGUGGAGAUGUUUGCACUGCACCUUUGGGGCCGAGAGGAAAACAUGACCAUUUAUCUGAUGUGGGCAAGAAGGUGGUUCCAGCCAGCAGGGUCAAUUAACGUGUUUUUCCAUGCGACCGGGCUGCUGUUUGGAUCUCCUAAUUCCCAGGCACACACUUGCAGCCCUGACAUCUGUAUGCUGUCUGUCGUGUGUGUUCAGGGGAUCUACAUCAAGUGCUCGCCCAAUAUAACUGAUGGAAUAAACAGUUUGUUAUAAGAUUAUUGUGAGAUCACAGGGAACCAUUCCACGGACACCCGGAUCCUGCAGGUGCGACAGCUAUGUUACCGCAGAAAGAAUUGAGACCACAGCACAAUUUGUAGUUUUUUUUUUUUUCUCACCCAUUUUGCAAUUUUAGGGUGCGUGUCUGUGAAUAUUUUGUUUUGCAAACUGCAGCCUGAUUCUUCUGUUUUUUUCAUUAAUGAAGGCCUCCUUCCUUGUUUUAUGGGACCCCAGUCCUGCUUCUAGGAGCCUGAUAUGAACUGUCCCAGCAGUGUGCUUCACACCUGCUCUUAAUGUUUCCCAUUCCUUAUGAAGGUCACUUGAUAUCAUCCUCCGAUUCAUGAGAAAUUGUCUGAUAAGUUAAUGGUUGAUGUCUGACAUUAGAAUGUCUUCUGCCCUUUACCUCGCUGGUUUCUUGUCGCUCCCAGUCGCUCCUGCUUCACCUUGUUCUUGUGUACUGCUGUCUUAGAAAUUUUCAACCUGGAAGCAGCCUGCUUCUCAGCGUAGCCUCCUUCCGGCAGAACCACGAUUAAACCAGGAUUUUAAAAAGUGCAGAUUUGUUUAAAAAUACAGUGAUCUCACUUUUUCUGCCGCUGUGUAUCCCUGUGUGUUGUCUCAAAAUCAAGGUUGUCAUUAUGCAAAUAUAAAAUAAGCAACACUGGAUAAUAUAGUGAUACUUAUGUAUUAUUUAAUGGCCAUAUUGUAAUGGUCGCAGUUAAACUGAUAGAAAUUGUAGUUCUAAUUAAAUUUUUUAUUUCCAUGCUGAUUGCUGUCCUGUAUUGAAAGUAGGCUUUUUGUGUUUAAGUACCAUAUUGGCUCCAAAAUAUAUCUAAAAAAUACUGGGAUUGUCUUAUAUUCGAGAACUUAAAAUUAAACGUUAUACAAAAAUCAGUAGAUGGAGUAAAUUAUCCACCUCCUUGCUUCAGGUGGCUACAUUCUUCAUGAUGUCAUUUUAGCAAUACAUUGUCAUAUGAGAAGUGGCCCCACCCACUUUCCAUGAUUGGCUGACAUAAUGUGAUGCUGCUUUGCGCCACACCCUUCCUGUAAUUAUCUGGUGUAAUGUGAUGUGUGUUUGUGCGUGCAUUAAAUAUAAAUGUAACCUUGUGACAUUUGUUGGGGGAUGCUUGCAUUUCGUUACUAUUUAACCGUGAGUAUUGUGUAAAUUGUUGAUUUCCUUGUCUGUGUUGCUGCUAGAAUUAAACCAAUAAGGGCCUGUCAAUAAAGAGAGUAACUUUCAUUUGAAGAGGGCUGUCAUCUCACUUAAAACUAAUUCAAACACUCACUGCAAGUUUUGUUUUGCGCCGUUUAUGUAGCUCUGCUGCAUCAAACGUCCUGCGCCCUCCAGGGUUGUGGGUUUAGCACUGACUACCCCUCUCCCCAAUAAUACAUUUGUUUAAUGGAAUGUUUGCUUUUUAAUACACUUAUUGCGAUUUGCCUGUAGUUGGUUAUUAACAGCGAUAUGGUGAACUUCUUAUAUGUUCUUGUCAAAUAAAGUUUUCUGUUGAAAGAUCAAA